GACUCCCAGUGGGUAGACACUUCUCAUUCAAAAACUAGUCUCUAUAUGUAGCAAUUGAUAUACAACCUUAUCCCUUAAGCAAUAAAGUGCAUUUUGGAUUGAUUUCACUACAGCAGGGGAACCCGCGGAUCAAUACCACCAUACUAAAAAUAAUUGUUAGUGUCCUUAUGUUGGUAGUAUUGUUAGUUUGACAAAUGAAAAAAAAUGUCUGUCAAUUGAGUUUGAGUUUUUAACCGGCGAAUUGAUUCGUGUGAAGUUAUUUUCUCAGAUUUGGUGCAAUAUUACUGUAAAUAAACUUUUCUGUCGUUUACGUUGAGUUGAUUAAGUUCCUCCGUAUCGGGCGUGAUAAAGUUUGCUGUUCAGUGUUAUGUUUUUUGUGAGAUAGAGACUCUUUUAAAUAAGCUGUGUUUCAACUUCUACAGAAGUUUAAACUCUUAUUUACUUUUCUGUUUAAUGGGUAUGUUAUCUACUUACUUGAAAUAUUACAUCUAUUACAAAUCUAUUUUUCAUUAAAAACAACCCUAUGUGAUGAAAAUGUAAAUGUACUUUCAAAACUGGUAAAUGCAUGAACCAGGGCAUUGACACUGGUUGGAGAGAAAUUAUAGGCUUUGUUUAAUUAAUACCUAUUUCAUUUUAGGCUUCUACUGAUAAUGGAGAGUAGAAACAACAAGAAGUGCGUUAUUUGUAAUAAGAGGCGAAGUCGUGGUGGAUCACCCUUACUUUUGAGUAGGUUUCCUCUGGAUUCUGACCGUUGUCGAAUGUGGGUUAAAAAUGCUGGCUUAGAAGACUUAGCAUAUGUACCUAUUGAAAAGUUACACCAACUGAAGUUUGUUUGUGGUGGGCACUUCACUCCUGAAUCCUUCAAUGCCAAAGGAACUCGGCUGAAGAACUCAGCUAUUCCAACACUGGAAUUGAGCAAUCCCAUCUUGCCAGAUGAAGUUUUGACAGAGUUUCCUCUUCAUGUAAAAGACUCCAAUAAAGAAAACCUCAAGACAGUUCUUUAUGAUCAUUCAUAUUGCAUUCCAAAGAAGUCAAAUCCAGUUGAACGAGUUCCCCUUACAACUACAACCAAACAACUAAAUUCAACAUGUUUGGGAGCUGUGGAUAUACCAGAUUCUGGUAUUUCUGCGAAAACAACUUUUGAACCUCUUCCUUCUACUUCCAAUGCACCAGAACAUAUGACCUAUAAACCCAUUACUCAUGAUGAUAAAAACAUUUGCCAUCAAGAUGCACAGGCAGAAAUAUUAGUCCACAGUUAUAAAAGACCUAAGAAAAACAUUGAAAUGAAAGACACUUCAUCAACAUUUACAAUUAAAGAGAAGAGGCUUUGGCGACAGUUACAAAAUGCAAAAAAAAACAAUAAGGAAUAUAGCGAAGGUAGUUGCAGAAGAACACAACAGAAAUUUUUUAAAUAUUAAAAAACUGAAUAGUACCAUUGUAAAUCCAACAUUCAAAACUAAGAUGAGGGUGAAGUAUGCUGCGCAUGCUCUGAGUAAUACCGUGGCAGCUAUUUUAAAAAUGAUGGCAUGGAAAGAAGUUUCUGAUUGCAAUGAUACAGCAUUUGUGAUUGAACAGUUAGAUAAACUAUUUGAUUGUACAAAUGGUCCAUCAUCUUUAAAUGACGUAAAGAAAGGGAUCCGGGAAAAUGUUUCCACAUCAAGUAAUCACAUUGAGUCUUGGACCUUUUAUACUGAUAAGUUAAAAACCAUAAAAUUUAUAACAGCAGAAAACACGAUACUAAAAAAUGUUAAAUGCGUAAAGGGAUAUCAAAUAUCUAUCAAAUCCUUAAACGAUAUUUGGGAAAAGUUAAAGAAUGAAGGGUUUAAAUAUAUGAACCUUAGACAGUUUAACCAAGACUCUCUGGAAAACUUAUUUGGAAUCAUUAGGCAACACAGUGUAACCAAUAGAAAUCCCACUAUCACGCACUUUACUGCAGCGCUUAAAACAAGCAUGGUUACUGGGCUGAAAGUGCCUCAUAGCAGAAGUGCUAAUUGUGAAGCAGACAACAAUAAACAUAUGCUGGAAUAUAAAGACAUUUUAAAAACUAAUUUAAAAACAACAGAAAUAAAAAUUAAUGUUCAAGAUUCCACAGACACUGAAUUUUAUCCUGUGUUGUCUAUCCCGGACCCUGAAAACUUAGAACAGCCCAUUGAAAAUUUGUGUAGCCUUGAAAACCAACCAGUAGUAUAUGUAAGCGGGUAUUUAGCUGCCAAACUAUUACAGAACAGUUCUUGUUUAAUUUGUGAAGAGUGUUUGAGCGUGAAAACUCCUGUUGACAAUGAUUUGUAUGCAUAUACAGUGUGAGUCACGUUAAAGUGUACAUAU